AUGCAGUGCAGCUCUGACACUGGCUGCCUAAUCUGCUUACACCAAGCACCAUCCCCUCGCACUCCAGUGGAACUGCCCUGCUCAAUCACUCUUGCCUCAGUUCCACCACAGCAGGCCUUUCCCCCAGAAAAUCAGCACAAGCCCCUGCCCACACCUCAUCUGUCCAGAUUCAGGAAGGCCUCAGUUCCAGUGGAGGUUGAUGAUCUUACAGCAAAAUUGGAAACUGUAUCUUCAAGAAACCAGGUUCUUAUUCAGGAGUUAUCAUCUAUGAAAGAAAUACAGACAAAAUGUGAAAAUCUAGAGAAGAAUAAAAAGAAGUUGGAACAACAAGUAGUACACCUCAGAAGUUGUGUAGAAGUCAACGUGACGCAAGCAGCAUUUCAAGAAAGUGUAGCACAGUUAAGAGAAAACAAUAAUGCUUUAGGAAGAAGUCAAAUGGAACUCAGAAUUAAAGAGCUGGAAUUUGAAUUAUCCAAAAUGAAAAACUCUCAAGACGUUACUAAAGCAGAAUUGGACAGAUACAAGCACCUCUACCUAGAAGAAGUAACACAUCGAAUGUCAUUGACAAAGGAACUGAACAAGACUAGUGAGAGGCUGGCAGAGACCAGUGCCAAACUUCUGGUGGGGAAACAGCAAAAGCAAACUUUGCUUAACACUAUUAAUAUGAGGCCAUCCCUAGAUCUGCCUUAUGGUAGAAAUGUUAAUAAUAGUUCACUAUUCAAUAGAAACGUUGCUCUAAGAGAAAACGUGGUGAUUCCUACCUCAAACUCAUGGCGUUCAAGUAAUGACCUCGAGACUUUCUUGAUCAAGAUGCAGCAGGAGUUGGAAAAAAAUAUAACUAGAGAACUAGAAGAAGGUUUUGCUGUAUUGGAAUCAGGCUCAUCUGGUGGGGCCACCUCUUCAGAAUCUACUUUUGAAAGACAUAUAAAUUGUGAUGACGUACUGAAAUCACACAGAGAGUACUCAGAGUUUCUGAAGAAAAAGUAUAGCAUCUGAAACAUAAAUAGUAGAAAUUUAUUUUCUGGAUGUUUAUACAACAUUUUAAUAGUUUCCUAUUAAAUGGAUGAUAUGCAAAAAUCUUCCUUAAAGGAAAAUAUUUUUGGAUCAUGUGUGUAAUGAAAGUUUAUAUAAUAUUUUAAGCUAUGUUUCUUGGUAGCUAAUUAACUUUUAAGCAGAUUUUUUUUUAAUAUGGAAAUCAGCAUUAUUGGGUUUUACAUGCUUCAGGCUGCCCAAAUGCCAGCUUUCUAAACAGCACCCAAUCAACCAGGUUUUCAUGAAUACUUCAGUCAUGUUAAUUGAUAACUUUUUGGUAUUUUCCAAUUUUUAUCACUACAUAUGAACCUAGAGAUUUAGACAGACAUUAAUUUUAAGACAGAGAGUCUGAAAAUUAGA